GACGUGCAGUACUCGGACAUCGACUACAUGGAGCGGCAGCUGGACUUCACCCUCAGCCCCAAGUUCUCUGGGUUGCCCGCCCUGAUCGAUCGCAUGAAGGCCGCUGGCAUGCGGGUCAUCCUCAUUCUGGACCCAGCCAUUUCUGGCAAUGAGACAGAGCCCUAUCCUGCCUUCACUCGUGGUGUGGAGGAUGAUGUCUUCAUCAAGUUUCCCAAUGAUGGAGGAAUUGUCUGGGGCAAGGUCUGGCCAGAUUUCCCUAAUAUUGUGGUUAACAGUUCUCUGGACUGGGACAGCCAAGUGGAGCAAUACAGAGCUUAUGUGGCCUUCCCAGACUUUUUCCGGAACUCGACUGCUCUGUGGUGGAAGAGGGAAAUGGAAGAGCUCUACACCAAUCCACAGAGUCCAGAGAAGAGCUUGAAGUUUGAUGGCAUGUGGAUUGAUAUGAAUGAACCUUCGAGCUUCGUGAACGGGGCAGUUGCUCCUGGCUGCAGGGAUACAACUCUGAACCGGCCUCCCUACAUGCCAC